UGGCUACAGGUACUUGGAGACCAGCGCCGCAGAUUCAAGAUGAGGAACAUCUGCAUCUUUUUCUUCCUGCUACUCGCCUCCCAUCUUGCCUGUGUGCAGCUGUCGGGCCUCAGACAGAGAAAGUUUUCUUACUACUAUUACUACACGGAGACAUGGAGAGGAGCCCAGUCUUUCUGCAGGGAGAAACACGAUGGUCUGAUCACAAUCAGAAAUGAAACAGAAAUCUUGGAGUUCUACAGGUACCAAAGCUGGCUUGGACUGUACCGAGAGAAUAACACAAGCCCAUGGAAAUGGUCCAUGAAAGACAAAGUAGCAACCUUCUUCAACUGGGACUUCAACGAACCAGACUCAAACGAACACUGCGCUUAUAAGGUGUCGUUCACCAGCAAAUGGAGGAAUGAUGAGUGUGAGCAGAGACAUACGUUCAUGUGCUAUGAUGAGUCACUGACUCUGGUGAAGGAGAAUAAAACGUGGGAGGAGGCGUUGGAGCACUGCAGGACUCUGAACAAAGUCAACAGAUACGACCUGGCAACCCUCACCACAGAGGACGACCAUGACUUUGCACAAGAGAUAAUCCAACUGGCAACCACUGAGGAGGUGUGGACCGGCCUGCGUUACCUUGGUGAUGAGUGGUUCUGGGUGGGUGGAGAACCGGUGCAGUACCAGAACAUUCCAAGCUGUCCGGCUGAGAGAUGUGGAGUCCUGGAGAAGAACAGCAACUCAUCCUUCGGCAUCAGAGACUGCAAUGAGAGAAGGAACUUCUUCUGUUACAUAAAACCUUAA